AAAAAAAAAAAAAAUAAUAAUAAUAAUAAGCGCCGCUCUCAAGAAGGGCCCCGCAGAGCAGGAGCGCAGAGGGCUGGCCCGGGCGCCGCAGAGGUGGCGCCUCCUCGGCCCGGGACGCUGGCCCCGGGCGCCGAAGGCAUGACGGACUCGGCGACAGCUAACGGGGACGACAGGGACCCCGAGAUCGAACUCUUCGUGAAGGCUGGAAUCGAUGGGGAAAGCAUUGGCAACUGUCCCUUCUCUCAGCGUCUCUUUAUGAUCCUCUGGCUGAAAGGCGUUGUGUUCAAUGUCACCACUGUGGAUCUGAAAAGAAAGCCGGCCGACCUGCACAACCUUGCCCCUGGCACCCAUCCGCCCUUCCUGACCUUCAACGGGGAUGUGAAGACAGACGUCAAUAAGAUUGAGGAAUUCCUGGAGGAGACUUUGGCUCCUGAAAAGUACCCUAAACUGGCUGCGAAACACCGGGAGUCCAAUACGGCCGGCAUUGACAUUUUCUCUAAGUUCUCCGCCUACAUCAAAAACACAAAGCAGCAGAACAAUGCUGCCCUUGAGAGAGGCCUGACCAAGGCACUGAAGAAACUGGACGAUUACCUGAACAACCCUCUCCCAGAGGAGAUCGACGCCAACACUUGUGGAGACGAAGACAAGAGGUCCCGACGCAAAUUCCUAGAUGGAGACGAGCUGACCCUGGCCGACUGCAAUCUGUUGCCCAAACUCCAUGUGGUCAAGAUUGUGGCCAAGAAGUACCGGAACUAUGACUUCCCGGCCGAGAUGACGGGCCUGUGGCGGUACCUGAAGAACGCCUACGCGCGGGAUGAGUUCACCAACACCUGCGCUGCUGACCAGGAGAUCGAGUCUGCCUAUGCCGACGUCGCCAAGCGCCUCAGCCGGUCCUGAGCUCGGCCGCCUCGCCCUGCCACUGGUAGCACAAGGACUCCGCUUCUCCCAAACCAACUCCAGCCUCACUGACUCCCCUUCCGCAUUGCCUCGGGAAACAUCGUUUGGUCGCUGGCC